AUGUCGAGUUUUGAUGAAAAAGCCCGAUUCUGCAUAACCGACCCGAAACCCGGCUGGCCUUUGCUUCAGAAAGUCAGCUCGAAAGCUCAACCGUCAAAGGAUGCAAGAAAAAUAUCGGUCGUGAAGUGGGUUAUGACGAGUUUGCCACGUCGUUCUCUGUCCUUACCCGCAUUUCCCGAGUUCGCCAUGUCAGCAUGUACGAACGAGAGAGUUAUUAUCGAAAGAGAAUAUUUCGAGCUUUUGCUUGACAAGUGUAACUCGAUUGGAUGCAGAGUUUUCGGUUAUGAUGGAAUCUUAUCGGGAAAGGCGGAUGCAAUUCCGUGUACAAAGGCAUUCUUCCGGAAGGAAAAACCGGUUGCCGUAAAAGUUCUAAAGUCGUGUAAAGAAUCGUUAAAGAACUUCAUGCUCGAGCUCGAUAUAAUUACGUCGAUAAACCACAAAAGAAUCACGCCAUUGCUCGGAAUUUGCGUAAAAGAUAAUGAGUUCAUAUCUGUCUACGAAUUCUUGCCUAAAGGAAGCCUCGAACAAAAUCUACACGGUGAGGGACCGAAAGGAAAAAUCGAUAUUGUCAUAAUGUCAUGGGAUUCGAGGUUUUGGAUAGCUUUCGGUAUUGCUGAAGCUCUUCAUUACUUACACAAUGAGUGCUCAAAGCCUAUUAUUCAUAGAGAUGUCAAGUCUUCAAAUAUACUACUAACUGAAGAGCUAGAGCCGCAGUUGUGCGAUUUCGGACUAGCGAUGUGGGGACCCACAUCGUCGUUUUUCUUGAUGGAUAGCAAUUUAGUCGGCACGUUCGGAUAUUUGGCUCCCGAGUAUUUCAUGUACGGAAAAAUAAGCGACAAAAUCGACGUGUACUCGUUUGGCGUGGUUUUGUUGGAGCUGAUUUCAGGGAGAAAAGCCAUUGGUUUAGAGAGCACAAAAGCUCAAGAAAGUUUAGUCAUGUGGGCAAAACCCAAACUAGAAAAUGGGGAGUUGAACUUAAAGAGCAUAUUGGAUCCAUGUUUGGAUGGCAAAUAUGAUGAAGUUCAAAUGAAGAGAAUGGCUCUUGCUGCAAAACUUUGUCUAAACCAAGCGGCCCGGACUCGGCCCGGAAUCGAAAAGGUAAUUUAAGCCCUCGGGCUGAGUUCGAAACCCGAUCGACUCGCCUCCUUUCGACAAGUUUAGUGCUUAAUUACGAAAGAGCUCCUACAGUUUUAGGCUAAAUACAAAGUACCGUCCAUUAGAUUUUGAAUAUUUUCUUCAAUUAUUACUAUGUUAGGAGUAGUUUCGUCAUUAUGGAAGAUUCAACGCUGCUAAUGUGGUCAGAGUUCUGAGUCGUGAGAUCACACGUAGUGUGUUGAUCUAACAUACCAGACUCUUGUCCACAUGAGCAUAUACGAAUUUGAAUUUGUAUAUGAAGAAAUACCCUUAAGUUACAAUCUAUUUAUAAGAUUACUCAAGGAACUUUCAAAUUGCACACUGUGAGAAUAUGAGA